AUUUAAGAAGGGAGGGUGAAAAAUAUGAUUUAGCCAUUUAUUUUUGUCAGUUGUCAAGAGCCCGAUUGAUGGUUGUUCUGGUCGGGUGCCGGUGAAAGAAGAGAGCAAGAAGAAUGCAAUCAUCAGACACAAGUGAAAGAAGAGAGCACGAAGGCAUUUUUGAUAUUCAUACGGUAGAUUUAUCCUCAACAGUCGGUUGCAUUAGCCGAACAAGUAAGUGAGAGCUAUACCUCUGCUUCUCUUCCAAUGCGAAAUUCCAAGUUAAGGAGAUUUUCUCUCCGGACGAGACGCAUAAGGGGCAGAGCCUGCAAUUGAGAAGAAAUAAGAUGCUCAAGCAUACAACUGGAAAUUUGAAAAGAAGACUAAGCACAAUCUCAAACUCAAACACAUUAAGACUAAAAGCCUUGCAAGUGCCAAAGGAGAAAGUAGAGUGUGUAGUGAUAGGAGCUGGUGUAGUGGGUGUAGCAGUGGCCAGAGAGCUUUCACUUAAGGGCAAAGAGGUACUAGUGUUGGAUUCUGCCCCAACUUUUGGCACCAGCACUAGCUCUCGCAACAGUCAAGUCAUUCAUGCUGGCAUCUAUUACCCUCCUAAUUCUCUGAAGGCUUUAUUUUGUGUGCGGGGAAGAAAUUUACUCUACAGCUAUUGCUCUAAACAUGGGAUUCCACACAAGCAAACAGGGAAACUCAUAGUUGCCACUAGGUCUUCAGAGAUUCCAAAUCUAUAUCAUCUAAUGAAUCGUGCAGCUCAAAAUGGAGUGGAUGGCUUGAGAAUGCUGGAGGGUUUUGAAGCUAUGAAAAUGGAACCUCAAUUACAAUGCCUCAAAGCUUUGUUCUCUCCUGUUUCUGGGAUUAUUGAUGUGCAUUCUCUUAUGCUAUCUUUAAUGGGAGAAGCUGAAAGUCAUAGGACAACAUUCUGUUACAAUUCUACAGUCAUUGCGGGCCAUCUUGAAGGAAAUCAUCUGCACCUUCAUGUCAUGGGAAGCAAUCGUCUCGAAAACUGGGAUGAAAAAUUUGAAGUGCACCCAGAGCUUAUUCUUAUUCCAAAGCUUGUCGUGAACUCUGCAGGAUUGAGUGCCCUGCCCCUUGCAAGGAGAUUUAAUGGCCUACCUAGCAAUAUAAUUCCACCAGCAUAUUAUGCUCGUGGUUGCUACUUCACCCUAUCAAAUACCAGCAUCCCUCCUUUCAGGCAUUUGAUAUACCCUAUACCUGAGGAUGGAGGCCUUGGAGUGCACGUUACACUUGAUUUGGAUGGGCAGGUUAAGUUUGGCCCAGAUGUUGACUGGAUUGAUGGUGUGGAUGAUAUAUCAAGCUUUCUGGAUAAGUAUGACUAUUCUGUCAGUGCCAAUCGUUCAGAAAUUUUUUACCCAGAGAUAAGGAAGUACUAUCCAAAUCUGAAGGAUGGUUCACUGGAGCUAGGUUAUGCAGGGAUUCGACCAAAAAUUUCUGGUCCUGGACAAUCUCCUGUUGACUUUGUAAUACAGGGAUGGCAACUUAAUCCGAUCCAGUGUUUAUCCGAACCAAACCGACCCAAUUUUUGUGGAUUCGGAUACUGUAUAAAUGGGUUUGGCCUAAAUUUUGCGGAUUUGGAUAGUGUAUAAAUGGGUUCAGGACGAAUCUGAAUAGUGAUUUUAGUACCCGCAUCGGGUUCAGAUCGGAGUCGGAUUCGGAUUCAGGAGAUCGGAUAAUAGGUACCCAAUAGUAAAUGGGUAAUGGGUUUGGGACGAGUACCUGCAGCACCCGCCCCAUUAUCAAUUCGAUUUAAAACAAAAUUUUUAUGAUGAUUAAGCACCUCUAUGUAAUAAUUAAACUACCUUUCCACCAACCAACUCAUACAAAGUUUCUGGGUUUCUGCAUGUUUUAUUUGUUGAAAGUGUAUAUAUUAAAAGACGAAAGGAUGGUGAAUAUAAGCCAAUUCGUGGCUA